UAUAAACCGAUAAGAUGAGUGUUCAUAAAUAAGUUGAUAUUGGUUUAUAAUCUUUGAAUAUUAAUGUCAGAUAUAAUUAUUUAACUUUGCUUCGAUUACAAUACGAUAAAAAAUCUUUUAUCAAUUAUGAGCAAUGUUGACGAAAUCAAAAUCGAUCUGCCCCCUCUCAGCUUUGAAAAAUGUCCAGAGACCGAUGGUGAACGGACUAAGCGACUGACAAUUGAAAAACUACUUGCCGAUAACCCUGACAGCUGCAUUCCACUAAAAGUACUGCAGGAGCUAGCCCUCAGCAAUUUCGGAUUAGUCAACGAUGACCUAAGACGAGUUCUGUGGCCGCAACUGGCAGGUGUGGAUGUCGCAAAUUUGGAUCGUGUGCCAACUCUUGAUGAGUUGCAAAGCCAUCCGGAAUACCAUCAAGUUGUGCUAGAUGUGAAUCGUUCAUUGAAACGAUUUCCUCCAGGCAUUCCCUACGAACAGCGUAUUGCUCUGCAGGACCAGCUAACAGUGCUCAUUCUGCGAGUAAUCAAAAAAUAUCCAAAUUUAAGCUAUUAUCAGGGAUAUCACGAUGUCGCCGUAACAUUUCUGUUAGUCGCUGGCGAGGAAGUGGCAUUCGCAAUCAUGGAACAGCUCUCUACUACGCACUUCUCAGAAUGCAUGCAGGAAACAAUGGAGGCGACACAGAGACGUCUUAUGUUCAUCUGGCCUAUUGUCCUCUUUGAACAGCCUGAACUUUUCCACUUCCUACAACGGUCUACAGUAGGCACCUUGUUCGCCUUGCCAUGGUAUCUGACCUGGUUCGGACACAGCUUAAAUUCUUACAAGGCCGUUGUACGAUUAUACGAUUAUUUUCUUGCAUCACCAAUGUAUACCCCCAUUUUUGUUACCGCCGCAAUUCUAUUGCAUAGAGCAAAUGUUAUACUUCAAGAGGACUGUGAUAUGGCAUCAGUGCACUGUCUUUUGUCAAAGCUACCAGAUGAUUUGCCGUUUGAGGAUCUUUUAGUCAUAUCCAGUAAAUUAUAUGAUAAAUAUAGUUUGACUGUAAUUGAAAAGAAAGUAGAAGAACUUAUUCAAAAUGAAAAAGAACAACGCAAACUUGAGGAGGAACGUCGGAUUAAUUAUCGACGAUCAGUGUCUUCGAAAUCUAAUUACAAUAUAAGUAAAUGGUUCUUGAGCGUCUUAACGCCGAAAUCAGUUAUGAUGACAACCGCCGUGUCGAUUGUUGUUGGAAUUUGCGCCUAUUACUACAAAAAUCAGUAUUUGGCAGCGGGUAUAAGCUGAGUUUCUCAGUACUUCAGCCCAACGAUAUUUUACGUAAUACGUUCGGCAACUUUCCAGCCCAAGUGUGGCUGCAUGGUUACAAUUUGCCUUUAUUAAUUAGCUAAGCUGAACAUGCUUGUAAAAAUGUACAUACCCAAAAAGUAAGUACAAUGUUAAAAAA